GAACUUUCUCUUACCUUUUGUAAAAUUUUCUCAACUGUUAGGUGAGAAGGUGGAUUUCUGUUCUUGGAAACUUUGUGUUUAUUAGGUAAUUUAAUUGAAAAAAAAUUAAAGUGAAAAAUGGGAAAAAUUGUUGAGAAAAGUGUUCUAUUUGAAGAAGUUCUUGUGGAACUUAAAGAAUUCGCCGCGUUGCAAAAAUGUGAUACGGAGUAUUUAGAGAGGAUGUUGAGAUAUCAUAAUGAGAAUAUUUUUGGUGGUAUACUGUAUUUGGACUUGUUCAAGGCGCUAGCUCCACCGUCAAGGCAAACUGAUGAAUACUACCAGCUUGUAGUCUAUCUGGACCUAAUUGUUCAUAUGGGCAAUAUAGCUCUUGUAUUUUUAGACGAUUUGCUGGAUGGAGACGAUAUACGAUUUAAGAAAACAUGCUGGUAUAAGAUUGUUGGCUAUGGAGCUGCAGCCAAUGAUGCCGUGAUCAUUAUUGUUUCACUUUUCAUUGUCCUUAAGAAUCAUUUCUCCCAUCUUGAUUGCUACAGCAAACUGUCUGAGGUUCUAGCUGAAUCAUACUUCCACAUUUCACUUGGUCAGCAACUCGACACGAAGUUUGCCUCUGCGAGCUUUGAUGACUUCACUGAGGAAAACUAUGAUAUUCUCCUGAUGAGUAAGUCUUCAUGUACAUUCGCAAUCAUCAUUAGGGGUAUCCUGUGUCUUGCUGGUGUGGAGGAUUUGACCGUCAUCAAGAAAGCUACGGACUUCUUUAAUGACUUAGGACGUUUGGCUCAGUCACAGAAUGACUUUUGGGAUUGUUUCGACUACAUGGGAUCAGAAGUUAAGACCGGAACUGAUAUUUCGACCAGGAAGUGCUCAUGGCUGUCCGUUCAGUGCAUCAAACUUGCAACGCCACAACAGAGGGCCAUCUUCAAUGAGAACUACGGGAAGAAAGACCCAGAAUGUGUGGCUAGAAUUAGGGCGCUCUACAAUGAGAUGAACCUACAACAGGUCUACAAUAAAUUCCUCAAGGACAGCUAUGAGAAUUUAUGUGAACAAAACCCAUUUGGAAGUGACAAAUGUGCAAAGGAAUCACAAAAGAAGGUGUUGGAGUCAUUUUUUGGGAAGGAUUUUGCACAUGGGAAAUUUUUACGAUAGAUAAUCUUAAGAUCUAGGUAUCCUUCUAGGUCUUCUAGAUAUCCUUUAUGAAUAAAAGAACGAACGGAAUCUACAAAUUUAACCAAAUAUGUUUCAUGUGUUGGAUGACCCAAUAAGUAACAUAAAGCAGCACGAACAUGACCUAUUUAAUAAGAAAAAUGUUAAAUAGUCUCUAAGAGUUCUAGACUAAAUUCAUCUUUAUGUAUGCUAUUUAUAGAACAUUAAAGCAUAAUGCUAAACAUUAGAUGUCAAUCAUGGGUAGCACACUUUUAUUUCUUUACUGACAAGCAAGGUUCACAGAAUGCAGUCAAUAAUGCAAUAAUUUCUGUGACGUUGUAUAUCGGAAAAUUGGGAAAAUAUAUGAUUUUGAUACUUUUA